CCAGAGCCGAGUUGUUGCUGCAGACAAGACACGGGCACAGGCACAGGCAAUAUAUUUUACUAGGCCAGAAGACAUCUUGAGGAAAAACAAUACUUUAUAAAUGUCGGGGUUUUAUCUGUUAUCAGUGUGUCUGCCGUGUGCGCGGCUCCGGGAAAGCGCGUUCAGGGAGCUCCGGCUGCCCCCGGGCCAAGAAAAGGCCCGCGCUGCGGGGCCCGGGGGGCGCUGCGUGACCGCGCCCGGUGCUGCCGCCUGGUGGCCACAGCCCGGUACUGCAGCUGGGGAGCGGCGCGCUGUGCCCGUGCCGGGGGACGAGGGGGCGCUGCCGCUGCGGGCGGGGUCGUGCCGGUCAGAAAGGGCGGAGGCGGUCGGACGAACCGCCGGGAGACAAAGAGGCCCCGGCUCUCCGGGGGCAGCCCCGCUGCGAAAAGAACGGGCGAGGCAGCAGCAGGAGGCGGCGGCGUCUCCUCGGCCCCGAGCACAGGGGAGAGAAACCUGCCGGACGGAGCUCCUUCGGGCUCUGUCUGUUCACAAUGAAUUUAUGGUGGAUCCGUCCGGCAGUCGGUGGCCCGCGGUCGCUCGGCAACAGCAGAAGCGGAUUGAAGGGACCGGCCGCUGGAGGAUGCCGAAGCCUCCCGGGUCAGCGGUGGGAGCAGCUUUGCGUAAAGCGAGGGAUGCCGGUCCCUGUUUUCUCUUCCCGCUUUUGAAGAGAAGCUGCCGAGUCAGCGUACGCUGCGGUGAAGUUCUACAAGAUGCGGCCCUCAGGAACCGGUUGCUGUGGGGUUGCUCGUGCAGCCAGCUUUUGGUGUCGGUUGUUCCGGCGCUCCGUCGCGGUGUAGAGCCGGCCCCGUACGUAGCGGUGAGGCGUCCCGCAGUUCGGUUUGAUUCUCGGAUAGGCCUCGGCUCUGACUGUGCACUCGAACGCCAAAACCUACAGCGGAAGCUGCGGUGGCUUUAGCGUGCAAGGGGCGCGAGCGCCCUGAAGCCGCCCGUGUGGCCGAGCGUCCCGAUCGCGGCGCUGAGCGUUAGACGGACUUGAGCCGCGUGCCGGAAUUGUUUUGUUUUGGAGAGGGGGGGAUAAACCUGGAGCACAACUUGUGAGGGCGGUACAUCGUGGGCAGGUUUUAGUAUUGCCUGUGGAGUGCCGCUAGAAGCGUUCGUAGUUCUUGCUUGUCUCUGUUACAAGAUGAGCCGUGUCGUCCUGCGUGACGCGUAACGGGAGGACGGCGCGGUAGCGGUGCUCUGCACAAGAGCCCGUUGGGGGGUAUUUUAGCUCGCGGGAAAGGGAUUGGGGAACCACCUGGUGGGAAUGCGAGGAGAGCAGCCCUGGCGGAAUCUGAGGAGCCGAGGCCGUUGUAUAAAUUGGACAAGGAAGGAAAGGCUGCGGGCAAAGCGCGGUGCUGCACCCGGCCGCCCCAGUGCGGUGCCGCGGCGCGCCUCGGUGCUGCCGCCCUGUGGCGAAACCCGGGUACUGCAGCGCACGGCAAGGGGGGGGGGGCAGAUGCCGCGAUUGAGAGACGGGGACGCAACUUGAUGCAAGCAAAGUGUCCACUUUAUUGCUCUUCACACAAUUCUUUUAUACUGUUACAUGCAUAACAACUACUAUCGUGGAUUAUGCUGAUUGGCACAACAAUUAAUUAUCUCAUACAUAUUACAAAGGCUGAGCUCAUGAUAGGUUAGUAAGAGCAUGCAAAUCUGUCCUAGCUCCUUGUUACUAUCGUGUCCUGUGUGCUGGGCAAGCUUUACAGGCUGCUUUCUCACAGCCACAAGGUCCUGUUGCUAAACAGGACAUUCCCAUCUAUCAUCACAAGUUUCUGCUCUUUGUGCUUACAUCUGCAUGUUGUAACUUUUCACGGCCCUUAGUAAUUUUCCAUGCUAACACAACAGGUCUAGUAGCUAGAACUAGCAUAUUAAUUAUAGAUAUAUAUUUUUGCUAAUAUCCUAUAAGCCUAGAUAACCCACAGGCAGAGACGCCGAUCGAGCCGCGGGGGUUCGCGGUCGGGUCUGUGCGUGCCGGUGUCCGUCCCCCCCGACGGGGGUCAGGUCCCCAUUGGUGUGCAAACGACACCCCUCCCUCGAUGGCUCCUUAGGAGGGUUAAUCCCAGUCCUCGUUCUUUUGGCAGCGGCGGGUCUGUGACCUCGCGGGAAGCCCAGGCUGCUGCACAGAGCUCGUCGGGAGCGGGAGCCGCGGAGGCGGGGGGCCUCGACGAGCCAGAGCUGCGGCAGACGGAGGGGGCGCGCGCGCUGCCCGGGGGCCGCGUCCGGCGGAGCCGAAGUGACCUGCGGCGGCAACGAGCGGGAGCCGCUCGGAGCUGGAGCGGCCGUUGGCCGCGCCUUCCCUGGGGAGGUGAGCGCGGGGAGCCCGGCCUCUCUCUCCCUCGGGGAUUAAACCCGCGCCCGUCCGCGCCCUUCCCGGGGGCGGCGGCGAGGCGGGUUCCCCCGGCUCUCCCGGGGCGGCCCCGCUGCCGGGGGGCGCGGGCGAGGCGGCGGCAGCGCCUCCUCGGUGCCGGGGGGCGGAGGGGAGAGAGACCUGCCGGCCGGAGCCGCGGGGCGCGCGGCCCCUCGGGCAGGGCGCUCCCGGUCUCUGGGCCGCAGGCCGGGGGCGGCAGACGGGUUCGGGUGCUCUGGCCUGCUUUUUAGCCAGCGCGGCCUUCUCCGCGCCGUGAAGAAAAUCCCGCGCGGUCGAUUCCGCUCGCCGCUCGGGAGAUGCCGCGUCUCUGGGGCCGUGGACUGGGGAAGAACGUUUGCGAGUUGGAGGGCGCUACAAGAUAUUCCGCGGGGAAGCCGGAGAAGAGGCAAAUUGGCUGCCAGCGGAGUUGCGUUCCUUCGGUUUAGGACGUUCAGCUUGUCCUUCCAGAGAAGGAGCAGUCGUGGGUAGGGCCGAGAGAGGCUUUUAGGCGCGUGAUCGGAAUUGGAGCCAAAUGGCACUCGACGUUGCCGCUGUGGGUCUUGGCUUUCAGUGGUUUCCCCGCGGCUGCCUGGUGUUUGGGAGCUCGGAGCGGGCAUUUUUUUUCCCCCAAGGAGAGGCUGUGCUUGAAACAGAACUUGCUUGAAGAAGACAGACGAGGCGGGUGAGGAUGCAGAGCGGGCCAAUCAGAUCGCUCGGGAGGGCUGGAGGGGCGGAGCGCCGAUAGGCGGGGAGCAUGGCAAUUGAUGUGCGUAGGCAGCCAAUGAGGUUGCCGGGGGGGCGGGCGUUGCGGUGUCCGUACUGAGCAUGCCCAACUUGCGCAGUCCUCAGUCAGGUCCGACGCUGAGGCGGGCACCUGGGGGCGGAGCGCGGGAAGGAGCAUCCAAUAGGAGGACGGCGCGGCGGGGUGGAAAGCAGCCAAUCAGAGCGCGCCGUCUCAAUCCCGUUUGAACAGCUGCCUCCCUGGCAAACGCGUCCGUGGGGUCCCGGGGCGGGUAGCGGGAGUUAACGGGGAAACGGGGGUCGGGGCGAGGGAGGGGAGGCUGUGGAGCGCUCAUUUUGGCCUCUCCGUCCCUUUUGCCUCUCUCUCCCUCUCUCUGUGUCUCCUUGUCUUGCUCCCUGUCCCUGUCUUUCUCUGGUAAGCUGACCUGCUCUUUGCCCUUCUUUUUUUGUGGAAUCACAGGCUCCUUCUGCUUGGAAAAGACACGUGCAGUUUUAAAUUUGGGUUUGAACUCUAGGGUUUUUUUUCCCCCAUUAGCGUAAGUGGACGGCACGUUGUCCUGUGGCUCAAUCCCCGUUCUGUUCCGUGGAGCCUUCAGUUUAGGAUGUUCAGGUAAGACAGUUUGUCCUUCCAGAAAAGGAGCAGUCACCGGUAGGACCGAGAGAGGCUUUUAAGCGCGUGAUUGGAAUUGAAGCCAAAUGGCACUUGACGUUGCCGCUGUGGGUCUUGGCUUUCACUGGUUUCCCCGCGGCUCCCUGGUGUUGGGGAGCUCGGAGCGGGCACGUUUUUUUCCCCGAGGGGAGGCUGUGCUUAAAAAAGAACGUGUUUCCUCAGAGAAGUGCAAGUCCGUGUGCGUAAGACAGACAGAAACCCCAGCCAGCCUAGUCAAGUUCUGAGCGUGCGUCUGUCAGGCGGCUGCUUUACGUUGAGGAGCGCACAGCCGUGCAAUGGUAAGGGCGAAGGGCAACGCAAGACAGAAGGGUUUUUCCUGCUGCGGGUGACCAGCCGCCCCCCUUUUCCGCGUGAAGCAGAGGAGCGCGGUUCGUUGUCGCCUUUUAAACGCGGCGGCGGCGGCAAGCCGAGCGGACGGAGGGCGCGGGGUGGGGGGGGGGGGGGGGUCCCGGCAGGGCGGCGACCCGGCGGGUGAGGAUGCAGAGCGGGCCAAUCAGAUGGCGCGGGAGGGCUGGAGGGCUGGAGGAGCGGAGCGCUGGUUGGCUGCCUAGGCACGUCAGUUGCCUUUCUGUCUGCCAAUCAGAUUGCCGGGGGGGCGGGCGUCGAGUGCUGGGUACUGCGCAUGCCCCAAAGAGCGAGCGCUGAUAGGCGGAGAGAUGCUGAUUGGCGUGCCGCCCGCAGCCAAUGAUGUUGCCGAAGGGGCGGGCGUUGCGGCGUCCCUAGUGCGCAUGCCCCAGCCGCGAUCGCUGAUAGGCGGCGAGAGAGGUGAUUGACGUGUCCCGGGGAGCCAACCGGGAUGCGGCAAGGGGCGGGUGCUGCGGUCUCCCUAGUGCGCAUGCCCAAACCGCGAGCGCUGAUAGGCGGCGAGAGAGGUGAUUGACGUGUCCCGGGGAGCCAACCGGGAUGCGGCAAGGGGCGGGAGCUGCGGUCUCCCUAGUGCGCAUGCCCAAACCGCGAUCGCUGAUAGGCGGCGAGAGGGCUGAUUGACGUGUCCCGGGGAGCCAACCGGGAUGCGGCAAGGGGCGGGAGCUGCGGUCUCCCUACUGCGCAUGCCCCAGCCGCGAUCGCUGAUAGGCGGCGAGAGGGCUGAUUGACGUGUCCCGGGGAGCCAACCGGGAUGCGGCAAGGGGCGGGAGCUGCGGUCUCCCUACUGCGCAUGCCCCAGCCGCGAUCGCUGAUAGGCGGCGAGAGGGCUGAUUGACGUGUCCCGGGGAGCCAACCGGGAUGCGGCAAGGGGCGGGAACGGGGGUCGGGGCGGCUGCGGAGCGCUCGCUGCGGCCGGCGCCCGGGCAUCGGGAGGCGGGCGGCUCAGGGCCGCCCUUCGUGAGGUUUCCCGGAGGCGGCAGGAGGGCGGAGGGGAAGGAGGGGACAGCCGGGGACCUCCCGCCGCGGGCGUCUCCGGGGUGCGGCGGCUGUCGGUGCCCGCGGAGCCCGGCGGGACGGCGGGGGAGCGCGAGGGGAACGGAGCGGCGAAAGAGGCGGCAGGUGAGUGCGGCAGCGGCGAGGGUGACCGUGCCGUUGGAACGGGGGGAGCGGGAGGGGUCGGCGCGGCGCGGCGCGGAGGCGUUCGGUUCCGGUUCCCCCCCCCCCCCCCCCGCCCUUACGGCCGCGCUGGCGAAGCUGCUGGGAGGCGUGCGGUCCGGAGCCGCGUCUCCCUCCGGCGCAGCGCCCGUGCCCGGUGCGGCAGCCCCUCCGGGAGCGGCGCAGCCCCCGUCGGUCGCGGGGACGGUUACAAGCAGAGCUAAGGCGCGGUUGCGGGCGGGCUGGGUGGCGUGGCGAGCGGGGCGCCGCUCCGGCGGGAGCUCGGGGCGAGCCCCGGCGGGUUCCGUGUCCUGCGGGCGCGGCUUUCGCGCCGCGGCUCUCUCUGUGCGCUUUUUUGUUUGGUCGCGUUUGUUUUUUGGGUUUUUUUUGGCGGGAUUCCCGCGAAACGCGGCACGAGCGCUCGCCCGGGGCUGCUGCGGCGGGUCUCAGUGGCGCCGUCCUGUGGGCAAAGCGCGGUACUGCACCCGGCCGCCCCAACGCGGUGCCGCGGCGCGCCUCGGUGCUGCCGCCCUGUGGCGAAACUCGGGUACUGCAGCGCCCGGCAAGGCGGGGGGCAGAGACGCCGAUCGAGCCGCGGGGGUUCGCGGUCGGGUCUGUGCGUGCCGGUGUCCGUCCCCCCCCGACGGGGGUCAGGUCCCCAUUGGUGUGAAAACGACAUCCCUCCCUCGGUGCCUCCUUAAACGUUUAAUGACGUAAAUAUUGCUCCUGCUAACGUUGUCGGCGCGGCUUCUUUCCUCAGGGGAUCCGUCUGGCAGUCGGUGGCCUGCGGUCGCUCGGCAACAGCAGAAGCGGAUUGAAGGGACCGGCCGCUGGAGGAUGCCGAAGCCUCCCGGGUCAGCGAUGGGAGCAGCUUUGCGUAAAGCGAGGGGUACGUGAAGCCGGGCGUGCGGUGCCGACCGCCCAGCAGACGCCUGUCCCUGUUUUCUCUUCCCGCUUUUGAAGAGAAGCUGCCGAGUCAGCGUACGCUGCGGUGAAGUUCUACAAGAUGCGGCCCUCAGGAACCGGUUGACGUGAGGGAAAUGCUUUCUGACCGCCUGCGCGGUGAGGGGACGUUUUUCACCUUUUAGCUCCUUCUGCACGACAAGAGGGAGACGGAAGGUUAAGUAACACGUUGUUUAGGAGCUGAGAGCUUAGUUUGUAUUUAACUAAUAAUUAAGAGACGUGUUGUCAGCGAGAAACUAAACGAUUACAACUAACUUCAUCAAAUGAAGUAAAGACAGGCCAGCCAGGCGUGGUGGUGGAGUUGCUCUCUAUGUGAGAGAGCAGCUACAGUGUACUAAAUUCUGCCCAGGAGCGGAUGAGGAGCGAGUUGAGAGUGUAUGGGUCAGGAUCAAGGGGCAGGCUGGCAGGGGUGACACUGCUGUGGGCGUCUGUUACAGGCCACCAGAUCAGGCUGAGGAAGUUGAUGAGGCCUUCUAUGGGCAGCUGAGAGCGGCCUCACGGUCACAGGCCCUGGUUGUUGUGGGGGAUUUUAAGUUCCCUGGUGUUUGCUGGAAGGACCGUUCAGCCAGCCAGCCACAGUCCAGGAGGUUCCUGCCGUGCAUCGGUGAGAACUGCCUCAUGCAGGUGGUGGAGGAGCCGACUGGGAGAGGUGCACUGCUGGAUCUCAUCCUCGCUAGCAAGGAGGGUCUGGUCGAAGCAGGAAAGGUUGAGGGCUGCCUGGGCUGCAGUGACCACGAGAAGGUGGAGUUCAGCAUCUUGGGUGGCAGGAACAGAAUAGCAAGUAGAAUUGCAACCCUGGACUUUAGCAGGGCUAACUUUGGCCUUUUCAAGCAAUUGCUGGGGGAAAUCCCACGGGCAAGACUGCUUGAAGGAAAAGGGGCCCAAGAUAGCUGGGUUGCAUUCAGAGAUUGCUUCUUCCACGCUCAGGAUCAGAGCAUCCCCACACGAAGGGAGUCAAGGAAGGGAGCCAGGAGGCCUGCGUGGUUGAACAGGGACCUGUUGGGUAUGCUCAAGCAGAAGAGGAGAGUUUGCAGGUCAUGGAGGCAGGGGCUGGCCACUUGGGAGGAAUAUAAGGCUGCUGUUAGAGGAUGCAGGAAGGCAGCUAGGAUAGCCGAGGCCCCCUAGAAUUACAGCUGGCGAGAGGGGUCAAGGACAGCAAAAAGAGCUUUUUCAAAUACAUAGCAGAUAAAACUAACACCAGAGGCAAUGUAGGCCCACUGAUGAACGGGGUGGGUGCCCUGGUGGCAGAAGAUACAGAGGAGGCAGAAUUCCUGAAUGCCUUCUUUGUCUCUGUCUACUCUGCCGGAGGCCGUCCUGGGGAGCCCUGUACCCCUGAGACCCCGGAUGAAGCCAGGUCAGUGGAGGAGUUUGCUUUAGUCGAUGAGGACUGGGUUAGGGAGCAAUUAAAUAGUCUGGACAUCCAUAAAUCCACGGGUCCGGAGGGGAUGCACCCGCGGGUGCUGAGGGAGCCGGCUGAAGUCACUGCUGGACCGCUCUCCGUCAUCUUUGCCAAGUCUUGGGAAACGGGGGAGGUGCCCGAGGACUGGAGGAAAGCGAAUGUCACUGCAGUCUUCAAAAAGGGCAAGAAGGAGGACCCGGGUAAUUACAGACCGGUCAGCCUCACCUCUGUCCCUGGGAAAGUAAUGGAACAGCUAAUCCUUGGUGCCAUCUCAAGGCAUAUCAAGGAUAAGAGGGUUGUUAGGGGCAGUCAGCAUGGCUUUACCAAGGGUAAGUCGUGCUUGACCAGCCUCAUAGCCUUUUAUGAGAAUGUAACAAGGUGGAUGGACGAUGGCAGAGCGGUGGAUGUGGUCUAUAUCUUGACUUCAGCAAAGCCUUUGACACAGUCUCCACAGCAUCCUCACAGCUACGUUGAGGAGGUGUGGUCUGGACAAUAGAGUAGUGAGGUGGGUUGCCAACUGGCUUAAGGAGAGAAGCCAGAGAGCGGUAGUCAAUGGUGCGGAGUCCAGCUGGAGGCCAGUAUCCAGUGCAGUGCCUCAGGGGUCAGCGCUGGGGCCAAUGUUAUUCAGUAUAUUCAUUAACGAUUUGGACGAGGGAAUAGAGUGCACUAUCGGCAAGUUUGCUGAUGACACCAAGCUGGGAGGGGUGGCUGACACGCCAGAAGGCUGUGCUGCCAUCAGAGACCUGGACAGGCUGGAGAGUUGGGCGGGGAAUGACCUGAUGAAAUUUGACAAGGGCAAGUGUAGAGUCCUGCACCUGGGCAGGAACAACCCCAGGUUCCAGUAUAGGUUGGGAAAUUACAUAUUAGAGAGCAGUGGAGGGGAAAGGGACCUGGGGGUCCUGGUGGACAACAGGAUGACCAUGAGCCAGCCCUGUGCCCUUGUGGCCAGGAAGGCCAAUGGCAUCCUGGGGUGUAUUAGAAGAGGGGUGGUCAGUAGGUCAGAGAGGUCCUCCUUCCCCUCUGCUCCGCCCUGGUGAGACCGCAUCUGGAAUAUUGCGUCCAGUUGUGGGCCCCUCAGUUCCAGAAGGACAGGGAACUGCUGGAGAGGGUCCAGCGUAGGGCAACCAAGAUGAUUAAGGGAGUGGAGCACCUCCCUUAUGAAGAAAGGCUGAGGGAGCUGGGGCUCUUUAGUUUGGAGAAGAGGAGACUAAGGGGGGACCUUAUCAAUGUUUAUAAAUACAUAAAGGGUGAGUGUCAUGAGGAUGGAGCCAGGCUCUUCUCGGUAGCAAACAACGAUAGGACAAGGGGUAAUGGGAUCAAGCUGGAACACAAGAGGUUCCGCUUAAAUUUGAGAAGAAACUUCUUCUCAGUGAGGGUGGCAGAGCCUGGCCCAGGCUGCCCAGGGAGGUUGCGGAGCCUCCUUCUCUGGAGACAUUCAAAACCCGCCUGGACGUGCUCCUGUGCGACCUCACCUGGGCGUUCCUGCUCCAUGGGGGGAUUGGACUGGAUGAUCUUUUGAGGUCCCUUCCCGUCCCAAACAUACUGUGAUACUGUGAAGAGUGCGGCUUAGCAGCGCUGCUGACUCUGCCGUCCCGUUCCCUUCCCUGUUUCAGCCGGCGAGGCGGCCGGAGGACCCGCUCUGUGCGGCCGCGGGGCCCGCGGAGUCGAGGGCUCUGUUGGCGCGCCCCGGGGGUUUCUCUGGAGAGACUCCUCGUCUCGGUCGCGUCGCGGCGGGGACGGACGAGGACCUCUGGCGAGGGGUCUUUCUGCGCUGGGAGCCGGGACCGGGCACGCGCUCACGGGGCGUCCGUAAGUCGCGGUACGGAAUUUAGGCAGGAUAGCGCGCACGGGCUUGCGAGCGCCUUACAGGCGUGCGGUGGUUGCUCGUGCGGCCAGCUUUUGGUGUCGGUUGUUCCGGCGCUCCGUCGCGGUGUAGAGCCGGCCCCGUACGUAGCGGUGAGGCGUCCCGCAGUUCGGUUUGAUUCUCGGAUAGGCCUCGGCUCUGACUGUGCACUCGAACGCCAAAACCUACAGCGGAAGCUGCGGUGGCUUUAGCGUGCAAGGGGCGCGAGCGCCGUGAAGCCGCCCGUGUGGCCGAGCGUCCCGAUCGCGGCGCUGAGCGUUAGACGGACUUGAGCCGCGUGCCGGAAUUGUUUUGUUUUGGAGAGGGCGGGAUAAACCUGGAGCACAACUUGUGAGGGCGGUACGCCGUGGGCAGGUUUUAGUAUUGCCUGUGGAGUGCCGCUAGAAGCGUUCGCAGUUCUUGCUUGUCUCUGUUACAAGAUGAGCCGUGUCGUCCUGCGUGACGCGUAACGGGAGGACGGCGCGGUAGCGGUGCUCUGCACAAGAGCCCGUUGGGGGGUAUUUUAGCUCGCGGGAAAGGGAUUGGGGAACCACCUGGUGGGAAUGCGAGGAGAGCAGCCCUGGCGGAAUCUGAGGAGCCGAGGCCGUUGUACAAAUUGGACAAGGAAGGAAAGGCUGCGGGCACAGCGCGGUGCUGCACCCGGCCGCCCCAACGCGGAACUCUAAUGUGGAAUUCCUGUGUUUCAGAGGGGGAGCUGUGACCGCCCCGUGCUCAGCAGACCCCCCAGCCCGGGUGGGGGGAGCAGCGCCGGAGCGGGAGACGCGGCUCCGUCCUCCGUCCCCAGCGUGCCGGGGGGCGGCUGCCGGCCUGUGGGACGUGGCUGCGGCUGUUCGGGGCGCUGCCCCCCCAUGUUUGGGCGCUCUGGUAUGUACAUAGGUAAAUGGCGUUUUAAAGUAAUGUGCUGCCCGCUGGGGCUGUUUUCCUUUUCUACCUUUUUUUUUUUGAGUGAAUAAAUGGGGGGACUCGGGGGGCGACGAUGACGUUGCUGGAGGAGCAGGCCAGUGAGAGAUGGGGGCUUUCAGCCCCAAAACGCCUGAACAAUCAUGGGUGGGGUGUUUAGUGGUACUGUGGGGAGGAGAAAUGUCUCCCUGUCCGUUGCAGAGAAAACAGAACAAUCCCACAUCAAAGCUGUCCUAGAGAAGUACUUGCUGUUUGUCAUUGCGGUUCUAGAGCAGCCCGAUGUGCUGUUAAAGGUUGUGGUGGUGCGGGUCAGGGAUCCCCAGGCUGUGCCGAGACCGCAGGACGGCUGCUGGUGGAACAAAGUCCGGGACAGCUUCUCAGAGACAGGCGAUCCGGAGGGAAAGAAGGACAGAGAGAAGAGAGUUGGAAAAACUGGCAAUGUUUUACUAAUGCUAUAUUAAGAGCAGAGAAAAUAAUACAAAACCAAUCCUGAAAGUCUCAGCAACUGCAGAGCCGGCACCUGAAGUCCUGGACUGGACUCUGCAGCCAACCGGAGCUGGAUUCAGUCUCUCAGCAGGCCUCAGUUUGCAGGGACGACUAGCAAGGUCCUCUCCUAAUGUCACCAUAAGCAGAAGGGACGAAAAGGGGCAAAGAGGACAAGAUCCUCAUGAUCUGCCACUUCUAUAUGAAGUAUUCAUGUGAAGGGGAUGUUAUACACGGUUGGUCAGUUUGUUGGUCACCUGUUUCUUGUUGCUCCUCUUGCAAGAUGUGAAUCUGUCCUUAUCAACAAGUAAGCAUUCCAUUGCAGUGUUUAUCAAAACAUGUAUGUGUCUGGUUCUCCAGGAAAAGGCAGCUAAUAUGAAGCUUUAGCUGACAGGCAAAUUCACUGAAAGAGAAACUUGUUUUUUAAUGAAACCAGGACAGCCCCCACCCCAAUCCCCUCAGGACUCCUCUGAUUCCCAUCUGCUCCUCUCAGGACAGCUGAGCUUGUCUUUUGGGGCCCCUGAGAGCCCCCAUUUACCUUCUUUUACCUACCUUUGUUGUUGUUCCCAGCCUAUCCUGGUGUUUUCCAUCCUUCAGGACUUACUUAUUACUGUUGUGAGAGUCCGAGAGAAAAGGAGGAGUGUCUGUGACUUACAGCUGUCGUUGUUGAUCUACAGUGUUUUAGAGACGGAUUCUUGCAGGAUCUAUUUCUGGUUCGUCCUUCACUCCUCCCCAGACCGCAGCGCUGGUCCGAGUUCCCCAGCACACGUGUGUGUGUCCAGCCGGGUACGCUGGGGGAGCGCGUCAGGGCGGGCAGACGGCUGAAUGGACGCGCUGUCAGCGACUGCGGAACGAGCUGGGGCUGCUUUGACCGUGUCCAGCCUUGUGCGUGUGGUUUGUUUUCACUUGCAGGCUGAAACAGCAGUUUCCUUAAUUAAAAACACCCCAACAUGUGCCCCGGCCCCCAACAAAAAUAACGCCAAAAAUGCCACUGAAAGAAACACAGGGAGUUUUUAAAAAAUUUCCUUUAGCUUUCUCCCCCCUCCACCCCUACCCUGCUGCGUUCAGUGCAGUGAAUGACCGUGAGGAGAUGGCUGUGGAUCUGGCUGUUGAAGGGUGUGUGAAGGAGAAGGAGGUGUGUGUAGAGCAGGAUUGGUGGUGGAGGUGAGUGCAGCUGGUUCGGGUGUGGGGCUGUAAAUUCUUUUUGGAGGCUUCCUAGUUUCUGGUGUCACCUGCGGGGUGAAGUGUGACUCUGUGCAGGUUUGAAAGGUGCAACGUGCAGAGCUCCCUCAUUUGCCACCAGAUCUCCCAAUCACAGAGACAGCGUCGCUGUGCAGCUGCUAAGGACAGCGCGUCUCGUGCAGAACAGCAUCCUUUGUGCUCCGUGUGCGUGUUCCUCCUUUGAAAUGAAGUUGGGCCGCCCGGUGUUCCACGUUACGUGCGGUACCUGCUGGGCUGAGUCUCCUCCCCGCGCUCCGGUCGGUUCCGUCGCGCUGCCGCAGCCCCGGCAGCACCGCGGCGUUCGCUGGACGCGUUGUUGGCGGAGCCGGCACCGACAAUCUUGACACGUCGAGGCGCUGCGGUGGGUUUGCCUGGAAAUUCCAAGGUAAUUCCAAGGCAGACAGUAAUAAUCCCCAAUUUAUGUAGUAAAAUUUAAAAGAGUGGAAUAUAAAUACUGGAGCGCUAAUUGGAAGUAAUACCUGUAGAGAAAAAAACCUCUAGUUUAUAUCUACAAUAAAAAAUAAUGUGUGCUAGUAAAUCCGCCUGGUAGUAAUGUAAUGAUAAAAAUGUUAAAGUGUAAAUAGAUGAAAUUAUAUAGGCAUGAGCAAGAAGUAAAUUUAAUUUCAGCUAUUACUUGGUGAACUAGGCAGCAGUUGUUCCCAAUCUGAAUGCUAGUUUAAAAAACACAUUGUUUGGAAUUCCUUUUAAAUGAUAAAGGCAGAAAACUAAUGUGGAGUCAUUGGUAGCUUCAUUUGAACAACCGUUAUGAAAUAAACCGCAGACACGAAUGACUGCAUAGGAAACAAAGUGAGGAAGCUUUAGAUUUUAAACAGCAUUGGAAAGUGAUCGGGAGUGUUUAGUAUUUAAAUUAUAACAGAGCCACGAGAUGGGAGGCAACAAAGCUCAGAACCAAACAGAGUCAAAACGUUACAUUUCUUUUUUUAAAGAGAAGUAUAAAGGAACCACUAAGUAGUGGCUGUUUAUAAACAGGGGUAUUAAAAAGUUCCCAGGUAGUAAUGAUUCCCAACAGAACACUAAAAGAUAUUUAGAUGUAAAAUAAUAUUAGAAAACAGUUAUGACAGUCUGAAUUUAACCACAGCUUUUUUGGGGUUGUGCAAAAACAUGACCGCUAUUAAUUACCUCUGAGUUAAAAUAAAAAGACAUCAAACUA